AUGGAGCUGCAAAGUGCUAUCAAGUGCUUUUUCCUUCAAUAUUGGAAACUCAGAUACUUCGAUGAACGUGACAAUGAUGACGAUGACGAUGGCGACGCGAUCAUGCCCUGGCAGCACUUCCUCGUCACCGCUGAUGGAGUUUCGCUUCGACCUGAGCGGUUCCCUUCUGAAGGGUCUCGGCCCGUGGCUUCUGCCCUCACGACACGUCCAAGUACGGCCUUCCUCCAUGGCACCGGCGGCGCUGCAGACCGUGCUGUUGCCCGCUGCCGAGCCAGCACCUCCCACACCCCGCGAGGCUAUGCCGCUGAAGACUUCAACCACGGACAGCCAAAGGGCCCUGAAGGGCUCAAGACUAGGUCUUUGCUGGACGUGGUGCUUGCCCGGAUUGCUCUAGGAGUUGGGAGGUCUACCCACCUCUGCAUCUUGAUUCUGUGUCGGGAUCACGAUGGCAGUCGCAACUUCAGCCCCCAAGUCGGGCAGGACUUGGAUGAGGCCAACACUCCGGAUGCCAGGGAACCGGCCGCAAUCCCAACAGCGCCGCUCGACCUGCGGACGGAGGAUGGGAUUUCUUUUCUGGGCGUAGAGCUCCUGCCGGUCUUCGCGCUGGAGGUGGGUGGCCAAAGUCUGCGCUCCGACGUGCCAAAGAAGGAUCUGCGCAUCAUCCACGGCCCAGCUAUCACGCAGGGAAGGAAGAUCGGCAGCUGCUUGCCACUGCUGCUUGGGCGGUCGCCGCAGCGGAGUUACUGGCAGCGCCUGCUGAACCCAGAUGCCCUUUAUGCCUUGUCGCGCCAGCAUUUGCAGAUUGAGGUCGGGGACGAAAUUUCUCUCACAAGCCGAAGCGCAGCUUUCUACGUGAGGAACCUCAGCGCCUCGAACCCCAUCCGCCUUUGCAGGACACUGGUUCCAGAGGAAUUUGCCUCUGCCGUUCCCCUGAGCCACGGGGGCCGGAGGCCGCUCCAGCACAGCGACAUCAUCGUCCUGAACCCCGUCCAGGGUUUCUCUCUUUGGUUGGUCUUCCGCGACCUCUUCACAGACCAGGCCUCAAGGUCAGAGGCCCGGGCCUCGGGCGACAUCCCGACAGACCCCGCUUUGGCGCUUAGAAGAACCGAUGUCUUUGAAGCGAAUGCCAAGGAGGGGGCCCGGCCAGCCACGGAGAUCAAUGCCAAUGCAAGCGAGUCGAAAGAAGGAGACGUUGCCGAGGAGGUGUGA